CCCCCUCUCCUCUUAGGACUUGGAGGCUUGUGAAAAUCUGAUGUAAAUACUCUGUUUAAGAAGUGAAACGCAAUAUUAAAAAUGGCAGGCUUCCUAGACAAUUUCAGAUGGCCUGAAUGUGAGUGUAUUGAUUGGAGUGAACGAAGGAAUACAGUUGCUUCUGUGGUAGCUGGAAUUCUGUUUUUUACAGGUUGGUGGAUAAUGAUAGAUGCAGCUGUAGUUUAUCAUAAGCCAGAAGAGAUGAACCAUGCGUUCCAUACUUGUGGGGUGUUUUCCACGUUAGCUUUUUUCAUGAUAAAUGCUGUAUCAAAUGCUCAAGUGAGAGGCGAUAGUUACAGUGAUGGAUGUUUAGGAAGAACAGGUGCUCGUGUUUGGCUCUUCAUUGGCUUUAUGUUGAUGUUUGGCUCACUUAUUGCUUCCAUGUGGAUCCUUUUUGGAGCAUAUGUUACCCGAAAUCUUAAUGUCUAUCCAGGAUUAGCAGUGUUUUUCCAAAAUGCGUUGAUAUUUUUUAGUACUCUAAUCUACAAAUUUGGAAGAACAGAGGAAUUGUGGGGCUAAUAUGUUAUUCUCCCUGCUGGCUUUGAGUCCUGUAUGUACAUAUAACUUCCAUUUUGGCCAUUUUAAAUUUGCCAAAGUCAUAGAUGUCACAUUAUGCAUUUUGUAUGUUUUUUUAAAGUUAAUUAAGAUUUAAAUAUUCUGUUCAAAAAUUCUGUAUUUAGCUACCUUUUAAUAGAAUGGAUUUG